AGUUGGUGAUCUUUUCAAAGCAGCCAUGAGCGGUCAAGCGGCCAGUUACUAUAACCAAAACGAAAGCUUUGGUGGAGGCCAGCCUCCACCUCCGCCUCAGCAGCAGCCUUUCUACAACAACCACCCCAAUAAUGGCAACUAUCAAUACGCCGACCCUAACUAUCAAAGGGGUCCCGAGCCCAAGCCGCCGCACGAAGCGCCGCCGACCUAUGACCAAGCCGUCUAUGGUUUUGCCGAUGCCUUCAAGAUUGAGAAGCCCAAGUUUAACGAUAUCUGGGCUGGUCUUUUGCUCAUCGCGGUGUUUCUGGGAUAUGUUGCAGUAUCUGGAGUAGCCAUCCACCGAUACGCGAAAUACAAGGGUUUCAAUGGCGGCGGCAUCUAUGAUUCGUCCAACACCUUCUCGCUUGACACCAAUACCCUGGUGUUGUUUAUUUUUGUGCUUUGCGUGGCACUCGUCUUCUCGUGGGCCUACUUCCUCGGAGCUCGCUAUUUUCCCAAACUCAUUAUCUGGGUUACAGGGAUUCUGAACAUUGUGUCCGCUCUAGCCACUGCGAUUUACUAUCUGGCGAAGAAGCAAUAUGGCGGAGGAAUUGUGUUCCUCAUCUUUGGCGUCUUUGCCAUCAUUUGUUUCAUCAGUUGGAUCCCGCGCAUUCCCUUCACGGCAUUCAUGUUGGAAACCUCCAUCGAUGUUUCCAGAAAGCAUGGACACAUGUUUCUCGUCAGCGCCAUUGGAGGUAUCGUCGCAGUGGCUUUUGGAGCUUGGUUCUCUGUAACCCUCGUCUCGAUCUAUGUUGCCUUCGAACCCAAUGGCAGUGGGGUUAACCCGGCUUGUCGUGACGGCGGGUGCAGUACGGGCAGAGUGAUUGGUCUGGUCGUCUAUGUGACGUUCGCCAUGUAUUGGUUCAGCGAAUGGCUGAAGAACACCGUCCACACGACCAUCGCUGGAGUCUACGGAACCUGGUACUUCUGGAGCAACUCACCAAACGGCAUGCCGAAGGGAGCCACUCGUGGCGCCUUUAAGCGCGCCACCACCUACUCGUUCGGCAGCAUUAGUUUCGGUAGCUUGAUCAUUGCCCUCAUCAACAUGCUCCGACAGGCGUGCUCAGUCGCACAGCGCCAGGAGGCGGCAGAAGGGAACCUACUGGGAACCAUCGCAUUCUGGAUUCUGGGGUGCUUCAUUUCCAUGCUGGAUUGGCUGGUUACCUUUUUCAACCGUUACGCCUUCUGCCACAUUGCCCUGUAUGGCAAGCCAUACAUCGAGUCUGCGAAGGAUACAUGGACCAUGAUGAAGACCGGGUAUACCCACCCGGCCUACAACAGCGGCGGCGAAUUCACGGCCGUGAUCAUGGCAUUCUCUUUCGUGAUCGGCCUGCAGGUCUGCCAGAUCUUUAUGACACCAGUCGGCAGCGGAAUCGAGACGAUUUUCGCCGCCAUGGCAUGGGAUCCGCAGGUGAUGGUCCAAAGCCACCCGGACCUAUGGUACCGUCUGGUCAACCUUUACCCUAAGGUUCAACAGGCGGUUCACGUAUAA